AUGCCGUUUGACAGUUUGCAAGCGGAUGUCUUUGCGACACUGGCCGAAGUGUUUCAGCCUGCCAACAAUUUCUCACCCGCGGGAAAACUCAUGGACCCUGGCGACGAUCCUACGACGGCGCCGCGCCGACGAUAG